AUGGGUAGACGGCCCUCUGAGCUGAUUGGAUCCUCUCCAGAAUUCGGAGCGUUCGAAUCGGCCGGGCCUGCACCUCUUCAUGGCCAACAACCUGACCAGCGGGAUCUGCUGUCCUUUGACGAUGACGACUUGGCCUUGUUUGACCCACUCUCAAGUGGCAGCGUCCGGGUACCAGCACAACAGGACUUACUAGACGACAUUGGGUUCGUAGAUUCUCAAUCAUCCCAGGCUGGAUCAAGCCGUCCGGCUCCUAUUCACGUCACACUCCCUCCUAGACCGGACGAGAUCACACCCGAUUACCAGCCUCUGAAAUCUCCUCGAUCACCUAGGAGACUCUCUGCCCGUCUAUCUUUCGGUCCGGGCUCACCGCCUAGAGUAUCAGAUGCAGGCCGGGAUAUUGUGUUUCAUCCUGCAUCGCCGCUUGAUCGUGGGCCUCUCCCACCUGCCAAUGCGAGGAGGUUAAAAUCCGACACUGGCUACCAUGGCGAUUCAGAGAGUCAGUGGAAGAAAGCGGAGCCGUCGAGUCCUGCUCAGUCGAGACUGCUCAACACGCUCGCAACCACUACCAAAAUCGCAUCCAAGUGGAAAUCAGCCAUUGAUUCUGGUUUACAUUCCAAUCCCAAUCAUCUCCCAUCUUCGCAGCCCUUACACCCGACAGAUUUUGGGCUCACGCCGACCGCCCUCCCGAUUGAAAUCACACAUGACACUCCUUUCGCUCUUCCUGAGCAGCUGGUGGGCAGUUAUAUACCGCCGAGCGGUGCCCCAGGAUUCGUGAAUGAAAAGGUAAAACCGAUGCGAGUGGCUGAAGAGAGCGACGAGUGGGCAAGCACAAAGCUCGUGGGGAGACGAGAGAGCACAGAUUCAGUCUUGUUGGAGACAGACGCAGAUAUGCUGCGGCGUCAUUUGCCGGCUCGGAAGCGUAUAUCGAAUCAGUGGACUCUGCUUUUCUCACUUGAUCAGCACGGCGCGUCGUUGUCCACUCUAUACCGUCAGGUCGAGCGAUACGCGAUGAGUCAUAAGGGAUCAGGCAAUAUUCUGGUUGUCAAGGACGGUCACGGGCGGCGGUUUGGCAUAUUCAUGAAUGAAGCAAUCGUGAAGCGCGAUGGCAACUAUUACGGGAGUGGGGAAUCUUUCAUGUUCAAACUGGUCGAUUCGGAACAACUGAAGACGUUCCCGUGGACAGGGAGGAACCAAUACUUUGCUUUGUGUGAGGGAGGAUUUAUUUCGUUCGGUGGAGGAUCCGGCGCAUACGGCUUGAUUCUCGAUUCAACAUUCACACGCAAUUCCUCUGCAACCUGCCCGACAUACGACAACGAAGUCUUGUGUUUGUCAGCAGCUACCCGGAAUGAGCGUGCCACUGCAUUUGACUGCAUCGGCCUGGAGGUCUGGGCGACGUGA